CCCAGUCCCCCGUCCCUUAUUCGGUUUAGCCUUUAGGGUUCCCGAGUUCCCUCCUUACUCCUUAAUCCUCUCAAGUCUCAACCCUCACACCCUACCACCUACGACGACCAUCAACUCCGGCAUUCAACGGCGACAUACACCAACGACAACCGGCGGACUUGUAGCGGCGGACGGCGAACGAUUUGCAGCAGAGGCGACUUGCAGCGGCAGACGGCGAGCGACUUGCAGUAGUGGUGACUUGCAGCGGCGGGGCGGCGAGCGACUUGCAACAGCAAUGACUUGCAGCGGUGGACUGCCCGAGCCCACCGGCGGCGAAUCCCUGAAGAUUAACCUCCACACGGUCGUGUGCUUAGCAUGGUGGUGGGAUCCAGAGCUCUGAUACCAACUAUUGGGUUUCUGCCCAACGCUGUGAUCUCCUAAGUGUGUUAGAGAGAGAGAGAGAUUUCAAACGAACAUUCAAGUGAACUUUUCAGGAGAGAGUAAUGGGGAGGGUAGCCGUUGCAGUUAUAGUGAGUUUGUGGGUUAUUCCAAUAACGUUGAUGGUCAAUCACAUCGUUCCAGAGCCUUACAUGGAUGAGAUAUUCCACAUUCCUCAGGCGCAACAGUACUGCAGGGGUAAUUUCAGGAGCUGGGAUCCCAUGAUCACCACACCCCCUGGCCUGUACUAUCUUUCACUUGCACAUGUUGCUUUGUUUCCAAGCAUGUUGUGGUUACGGAGUUCUUCAUCAUUUUCUGAUCUUUGUUCUACUGCAAUUCUUCGAUCAAGCAAUGGUGCUUUGACAAUCAUCUGUGCCAUGCUUUUGUUUGAGAUGCUUGUCCAUUUAAGACCAGAUCUCGAUGAAAGAAAGGCAACAUUGUAUACAGUAGUUUUAGCAUUAUAUCCCCUUCAUUGGUUCUUCAGUUUUCUGUAUUAUACAGAUGUAGCAUCACUUACUGUGGUGCUUUCUAUGUACUUGGCUUGUCUGAAGAAGCAUUACCACUUUAGUUCACUGCUUGGGGCCUUGGCAAUACUUAUUCGGCAAACAAAUGCUGUAUGGGUGCUUUUUGUUGCUUGUGAUGGGGCUAUUACAUUUUUAGGUUCACAUCAAAAUGUUAAUGUGCAACUGGAUGCUUCUGAUGUAUCAAUCAGGAAAAAUGCUCAGUUAUCUGAAGAGAGGAGUGUCCCAAUGGGCACAAACUUGAGAAAGCGGAAAAUGUUGGGUGUGGUAAAUAUUGUUAACCACUCUAGUUCUGCCGCAAGUUCAUCAACUCAUGUUCCAGCAGGUCUGCUUAAUGAGCUUCGGGUGAUUAUUUUAGGGAUGUGGCAUUUGAAGUGGGAGCUUAUGGUUUACUUUGGUCCAUUUCUUGUGGUGUUGCUGGCCUUUGCAAUGUUUAUCCUGUGGAAUGGAAGUGUAGUUCUUGGUGCAAAGGAAGCUCAUGCAGUGUCUCCACAUUUUGCACAGAUAAUGUAUUUUGGUUUAUUUUCUGCUCUAGCCAUGGCUCCUUUGCAUUUCAAUUUACAACAAGCUGCUUUUUUGCACCAAUCACUUUGGAAGAGAAAACCUCUCAGUUUCUUUCCAGGAAUUAUUCUUCUUGCUGCUGGGAUUGUUUCAGUGCAUUUUUUCAGCAUUGCUCACCCGUAUCUUCUUGCUGACAACCGACACUAUACAUUUUAUCUCUGGCGAAAGGUCAUCAAAGCUCAUUGGUCAGUGAAAUAUCUUUUAGUUCCAGUAUAUGUCUACUCGUGGCUUUCCAUCUUCAGUACCUUGGGGAAGAUUCAGAAGAAGAUCUGGGUAUUGGUGUUCUUUCUGGCCACUGCUGCAGUUCUAGUCCCUGCUCCACUGAUUGAAUUCAGAUAUUAUACUGUACCAUUCUACUUCUUGAUUCUCAAUUCUCGGAUCAGUGAUACCAAAAGCUAUCUUAUCAUGGGGAUGCUUUACAUAGCAGUUAACAUCUUCACAAUGAUGAUGUUUCUGUUUCGGCCCUUUCACUGGAAACAUGAGCCUGGGACACAGAGGUUUAUCUGGUAGAUAAUCUGUGAGACGCCAAAAGGUUUCAUCAUCCCUUGACCCUAACCUUGCAGGAAGUUUUGUUUCCUAUUGUAAAUUUCGUGGUCUGGUCAACAUUGUGCAAUGUCAUACAUCAGGUUGCAUGAGAUUAUAGAAUGAACCCAAACCAACCACUCUCCCCCCCGCGCAGACUGAUCAGAGCCUCAGAGGGGAACUGGAGGAGAGUGAGACUCUGGAUCAUGGAGAACAGAAGUGGCUGGCGUUGGCAUGUUUCUUGAUAUUUUUGAUGUGUGUUGCCAUAAGAUGUGAUGAAUGGACAUGCAUAUGAAAUUUUAUCAAAGCUAUUCAAGUUUCAAGAUAACUCAGUAA